AUGAAGAUUCUCGGUAUCAGCCUUUUUGGAUGUUCUGUAUGGAUCUUAUUCGAUAAAAACAACAUAAUAACUGUUUUAAGCAAUGAGGCAGAUGUCAAGGUACUGGCUGGAGGGCUCUUCGUGGUUGGCUUGGUAGUUGUAGCGGUCUUCAUGUUGGGCUGCUGUGGUGUCUAUUUAGAAAACAGAUGUUUCCUUGCAUUUUACAUGGGCCUCUUAAUUGCCACAGUUUUAGGUCAACUUUUCAUCACCUUUCUUCUGUUGUUUAAAAGAAACCAUAUUGAAAGGGUUUUGACAGAAUAUACAGACAACACCAUCCGCACAUAUGGGGUUAAUACAACUGAAAGCACUUGGAGGCUUCUAGACAGUAUGCAGCAGUCGGCGAAAUGCUGUGGCAGACAGGCUGCCAGUGACUGGAAGACAAACACACUUAUUCAGGUCCACAACAUAUCUGACAUUUACCCCUGCUCCUGUUUCAAUGGCACCUGCCACAUAUUCUUGGCCAACGAGAUGUACAAGUUUGGAAAUGGUUCACAUAUCUACACAAUGGGCUGUGGGGACAAACUCAUGGACUGGCUGGAAAAAAAUAUAAUUGGGAUAGUUGGCAUGGACAUUGGACUAUUAGUCAUACAGAUUGUGCAGUUUGCCCUAGCAAUUCACAUCUUCAGAAACGUUGGUUUUAAGAUUAAAGAGCAAGACUCCAACAACCUUCUCAAUGCAAAUGAAGAAAAUGUACCUGAUUCUGAUGUUCAUCCAGAAAAUAUGGAGGACUACCAGCCAGACAUCUACAGUCAUGACCAUCCCAACCCAGAUUAUACUGAUCAGAAUUUUUACCAGGGUCACCAACCAUACAGGGAGCCAAACAAUGCAGUAUAUAACCAGGGUCAUGUCAAUAUGUAUGGUCAAGAAGAUGGUGAUCAGUAUCCACCACAUCAACAGCUCCGGCGUGACCCUGAGCAAAACAGUUAUAUUUAUAAUCAAAUGUCUGACCACUCUUAUGGUCAAGAAUAUGUCACUCAGCAUCAUCAAGACCAGCAUUACCUACACGAACAUGACCGGGACUACAGGCAGCCCUAUAGUGACCAUUAUAAUCAGGGUUAUGUUCAAGAUUAAAAUAUGUUAUUAAUGCUUUUAUUUUAAAAAGUGGGAUGAAAAAAUCCCACUUAUUUUAACACGGAUCAGUCACAUGACCUUUUGUAAAUGUCUAGAUCUUGUUUUAAAUGUUUAGAUGUGGUAUAAAUGGCUGAUAACAUUCAAUUAAAGACAAUUAUUGAAGGGCAAAUUAUUUAUAUAA